GGCUAGCUUCAUGUAGGUCACUGGCUUGAGGGUGUAAUUCUUUUUCACGUUUUCAGUGUGUUUCAGUGUUUCAGUGGUUUUCAGUUACUGACUGUUUUUGUGGCUGAGGUUUUGAGUUAUUCUUCGGAAUAAAUCAUUAAAUAAAUAUGAUGAAUGCGGUACGAUUUGUUUGUCAGCGAAAUGUUCGCCAAAUUCGUCAGUUCCAUAAAUGCAUUGUUCAGCACACAGAGGUAGAAGCAACUACUGUUAGUACACCUGCAGAAUCCAGUUAUGUUUCUACAAAUACAGAUAAGAAACCAGAAGUUAGUUCUAAGAUAGAACAAAUUGCUAGUCAGAUUGUUGCCUUAAAUCUUAUAGAAGUGGCACAAUUAAGCGAUUUGCUAAAAAAGAGGUUAAACUUACCGGAUGCACCUAUGAUGCCUAUGGGUGCUUUUGUUGGUGCACCUAAAGCUGAAGAAGAAGAGGAAGAACCUCAACAAGUACAAACCAUAUUUACUGUUAAAUUAAAAGCUUUUAAGGAUGAUCAAAAGGUUGCUUUAAUCAAAGAAAUGAAGACUAUACUACCAGACUGUAAUCUUGUACAGGCUAAGAAAUUUGUUGAAAGUGCACCAGUAGUGGUCAGAGCUGAUAUUCCAAAAGAAGAAGCAGAAAAGCUGAAGGAGGCUAUUGAAAAAGUGGGUGGUGAAGUUGAAAUUGUAUAAUUAUCUUGUACAAAUAUACAUUGAAAAUUUUACUAAAGUGGUCUGAUAGCAUUUUUAUAAUAAAAUAAUUCCUAUAAUAA